AUGGCCGUCAAGACCAACACCUCUUCCCAGAAGCAGUCGAACCCAUGGGUAGAGACACCCUUGAGGGAGUCUUAUGCGCUCUCUGAAGCAGCGGGAUGCAGAAUCUUCCUCAAGCUGGAGAACCUACAGCCUUCCGGAUCGUUCAAGUCACGAGGAAUCGGCAACUAUAUCCUACGACGCCUUGCAGAGCUUCCCGCUGGGUCCCAACCACACAUCUUCGCUUCUAGUGGCGGCAAUGCUGGACUCGCUGCUGUUCAUUCCGCACGAGCACUCAACCUAAACUGCACUGUCGUCGUGCCAACAGCAACAUCUCCCUUGAUGGUCACCAAGCUUCGCGCAGCUGGCGCUUUCGACGUCAUCUCCCACGGCGCCGCAUGGCGAGACGCCGACACUCACCUCCGUGAACACGUCAUGCCCUACUACGAAGGAGCAACCAUCUACUGCCCCCCUUUCGAUCACCCCGACAUCUGGACCGGCAACAGCACCGUCAUGCACGAGAUCGCCACACAGAUGCCCGACGGCGCCGCCCCCGACGUCCUCAUCUGCAGCGUCGGCGGCGGCGGCCUCAUCAACGGCGUCUGCCAGGCCAUGGACGCAAUCAACAUGCACACGCCCACUAUCCUCGCCGUCGAGACGGCUGGCGCUGACUCCCUCGCCGCAAGCCUCGCCGCAAACGAGCUCAUCACCCUUCCCAAGAUCACCUCCAAGGCGACCAGCCUCGGCUGCGCCCGCGUCACAGACAGGACGUUUGAGUACUCCCAGCGCGCCAACGUGCGCUCUGUCGUGCUGCCCGACGGCGUCGCCGCGAUGGGUUGCUGGCGGCUCGCCGACGACGAGCGCGUGAUGGUCGAGCUGGCGUGCGGCGUCAACGUGGCGCUGUGCUACGAUGGGCGGCUCGAGAAGGCGCUGGGCCGCCCGGUGCGGAAGGACGAGAAGGUUGUCAUUGUGCUGUGCGGCGGCAGCAAUGUGACCAGUGGCAUGCUGUGCGACUGGAGGCAGGAGUAUCAGCAGACUGUUGAUGAGGAGCUGGAGCUCCAGAGGAGAGACUCGGCGUACACGAGUGCCGAAGCGAGUCCUAAGACUGCGCCCACGGUGCCGAGUGAGCUGGGUAUGCCGGAUAUGCCUGUCAUUGAGGGUAUCGAGGUCGGGAGUUUGGCCGUGAGGGCUUGA